CAACAAAAAUUGAAAAUGUUACGCGAGGCGUUGCGAAUUGGAAGCCGACGCAGUUACAGCUACAAAUCUGUGCGUCGUCCCAAUUUAAAUGUGGCAGCGGUGUCCAAAGCGAACAGUGUGAAACCGAAGCAGGAGCAGUCAAAUACACUAGAGGAUGCUGCUGGCCAUGGCAUUAGCCGGGGUAACCUGACCAAACAGCUGACCGCUAAAAUGCUUGCCACCGGCCCUAUUACAGUGGCAGAGUAUAUGCGGGAGGUGCUCACAAAUCCGCAAAGUGGCUACUACAUGCAUCGGGAUGUGUUUGGACGGGAAGGUGAUUUUAUCACAUCGCCAGAGAUAUCACAGAUAUUUGGAGAGCUUGUGGGCAUAUGGCUGUUGGCCGAGUGGCAGAAACUGGGUAGUCCUUCACCGUUUCAGCUGGUCGAGCUGGGACCGGGACGUGGCACAUUGGCGCGCGAUGUGCUCAAGGUGCUGACCAAGUUUAAGGCGGGAGCCGAUUUCACCAUGCAUAUGGUCGAGAUUAGUCCGUAUUUGAGUCAGGCGCAAGCGCAGCGUUUCUGCUAUAAACAUGAGACGGUGCCGGAGGAGGCGCAGUUGCCACACUAUCAAGUGGGCACCACCGCAACGGGCGUCCAAGCCUUCUGGCAUCGGCACCUGGAAGAUGUGCCGCCCGGGUUUUCCCUGGUGUUGGCGCACGAGUUCUUCGAUGCGCUGCCUGUGCAUAAGCUGCAACUGGUCAACGGUCAGUGGCUGGAGGUGCUCAUCGAUGUGCCCAGGACACAAGAAACGGAGACGAAGAACGCUGACUUUAGCUAUGUGUUACCCAAGUCACAGACGCCAGUGUCGCGUUUAUUUAAGCCUGUGCCGCAGGAGACGCGCAGCUGCUUGGAGUACUCGCUGGAAACGGAGCGACAUGUGGGCUUGCUGGCGGAUCGUUUGGAGCGGCAGGGCGGCAUUGCGCUCAUCAUGGACUACGGUCACUUGGGCGACAAGACGGACACAUUUCGUGCCUUCAAGCAGCAUGCGUUGCACGAACCGCUGCUGGCGCCGGGCACUGCGGAUCUGACGGCCGAUGUGGACUUUAGGCACAUCAAGCAUGUGGUGGAGACGCACAAUCAAGUCCACUGUUGUGGACCAGUGCAGCAAGGCGAUUUUCUGUCGAGAAUGCAGGGCGAGCUUCGACUGGAGCAACUGCUGGCCAAUGCACUGCCCGAGAAUCAGGAUAUUAUACGCUCCGGCUACAAGAUGCUGACCGAUGCCAAUCAAAUGGGCAGCCGCUACAAGUUUCUGGCCAUGUUUCCGGGUGUAAUGGCUGAACACCUAAAGAAAUAUCCCGUGGCAGGCUUUUCAUAAUAUUAGUUGAUUAUUUAUAAAUGUGGGGAUACCUGUUCGAUACCUAAAAUAUCUAGUUUUUAUCGAUUAGAAUCGAUAGGAAUAAAAGCCGCAAUUUUAAAGCUAA